GGAUGUGUAUAAGAACAUGUCUUGCUCGCAGCUUUUAAUGACAUUCUAAAAGAUGAUCGACUAUAAUUUAAUCUAGAAUCUAUAAUUAGAUAUCGUGUUAAAUUAUAAAAUAUAAGCAGUUCAUAGAAAAUGUUGAUCUAGAUUCUAUACCUAAUGUAAUAGGUAGCCUAAAUAUCCUUAGGCUUAUAGACAUUAUUAAUCAUUAUAUUAAUAUAUAGUUAUCAGUUAUAGUCAUAUCACAAAUGAGUCAAAUGAUAUGAUAUAGAUAGAAACUACAGCUAGUAUAACUUAGUAUACGGCAUAAUAGGGUAUUGAUACUUAUACUAUACUAUAAGUAUUGUCUAUGAUGAGAAAUGAAGAAAACCAUAUUUAUUUCGUAUUCACCUGACACAGGAUUUUUAGAAAGGAAAUUCAUUGUAGAAACUGUCAAACAAUUAAAAGAAAAUGACCUAGGAGAUGAUAUAUGGUUUGACAGAGAUGAAAAGAAUAGUUCUACUCCUUGCUGGUUUUCAACUCGUAUUGAAGCAGUAGAAAAAUGCCAUGCUGCAGUUCUUUUUAUUUCAAAUUGCUAUCUCACUAAUUCACUUUCCUUAACUGAAAUGAAGAUUUUGUUGGACAGGCAUAGAAACAUUGUGAACUCUUUAAAAUUAUUUCCCAUACUUUUUGAUAAACUAAAUGUGAGCUUAAUAGAUAAACAAAAAGAACUAGAUCAAUUGACAAUGUCAGUGGAUUUAACUGGAACUCAUAAUUGUUCUAAAAGUGUUGCUGAAAAGGUUUCAAUUGUGGUAGGAUCUUUGAUGGAUGAUUUAGAAAAAGUAGCUUUAGUUCUUUCAAAAACAAAAACUGUUACACCAUUAUCUUCAGAGUUUAAUGAUGAAUUUAGGAAAAAAAUAAUUUUUCAUUGGAGUAUUAGUGAUGUACAGGAAUGGUUAUUUCACAUUGGUAUUACGGAAUAUUAUAGACAGUGUCUAGCAGAGGCUGGUAUAGAUGGAUUCCUGUUGUUAUCUUUAUCUAGCCUUGACCUAAAUUUGUAUAUUGGUAUUGAUAACAAAAUAAUGAGAAGGAAAAUUCUGCAACAAAUGCUACACACAUUAGAACUUGAACAAAAACGAGAAGACAAGUGGCACCUGCGAGCCCGUUCACAAAAGCCCAAAGCUAAUGUUGCUUACAUUAUUUAUGACCCUGCUGAUGUAAGACUAGCCCAAAACUUAAAAGAAGAUCUAAUAGAAAAAAAUUUGCAGGUCAUUCAUCAUAAUACCACCAAGUUAGGUCAUUCUAAAGAAGAAUUCAUAGAAAUAAAUGGACCACCUAUAGCCACAGCAUCACAAGUCAUCAUUAUUAUGACGGAGGAAGCUUCAACUUCCCCAUUUGUUUAUCAAGAAGUAAUGUUUGCUGAUUGGCUUGGAAAGAAAAUAACUGUAGCUUUGUUUAAAAAUAUUUGGAACACCUUAAGAUCAUCUCUCAAGGCUAUUCUAGGCCAGUGUCCUGCUGUUGACUUUGAAAAUGAAAUGUAUGCUGAGAGUUUAGACAUACUGCAGUACCACAUACAGCCUGUGAGACAUGUGCCUGCAGUGGUGUUGGAACAAAGCUAUUUGAAUAGAAUGACAGAUGGUGUCAAACCAUUCUGUUCAUUUGCUUCUAGCAGAAGUGAAUCAUUGCAUAGCAAACAGAUGAAUGACAUGACACCUGUGGUCUUUUUAUCCUACCAAUGGGAUUCUCGUACACAAGUGAAUGAGAUCCAAGAGUUUCUGAAACAUGCUGGCUACACUAGCUGGGCGGAUUUCUCCAUGGCGUCUGAAAUGCAUGGCUGUAGUGGUGUCAGCUUACCCAUACCACUACUGUCACGUUCCAACACUGUUAUGGAUUCACUACAGAGCCAAAUGUAUCGCACAAUGAAGUCAUGUCAUGUUGUACUGUGUUGUUUAACACCAAAAUAUCUCCAGAGUGACAACUGUAUGAAAGAUUUGUCUUUAGCCUCAUCACUCCAGAGACCUAUCAUUCCUUUGUUAUUACGAUAUGUUUCUAAAGACAGUGUUCGCCGGGCAAUGUCUCCAUUCAUGUUAAAUUUCAACUGCAUUGACCUAAGCAAUGAAAGAUUGUUUAAACAAAAUAUUGCAAGUGUUAUUCAGAGAAUACAAAGAAUUUUAUAAUGGUUGAAAAGUGAAAUACAUUACAUGCUUUUUACUGUGAGGAGGAAGAUAUUUCGUUCCAAGUGCCAUGGAAUGGCAAGAAAGUCAAUAAUUAUAGAGUUUUAUUUGCCAUUGAUAUGAACAAAAGUCUUACAUCUAAUUUACUUUGGACGUAAUAGGACUAAUCUUCUUACUUGAAGGAUUGUUAUAAUUUAUAAGAUAAGAUGGCUAAGAUAUUGUUGUUUUUAUUGUUGUAUUAAGUUGAAAAAGUAGUUGGAGGAUUAUUUUUUUGAAAGAUUGUUAUAAUUUGUUAGAUAAUAUGGGUGCAUAUAAUGAGGUUGUUACAAAGCUUGUAUUCUCUCUGUCUUGUAAAAAGUUUGUACAUGUUAUUUCUCCCACACCCAAUGUCAGAUCAAGCUGAAAUUUUGCAUAAUUAUUUUUUUUAUCUAACAGCAAGAAACAAUUUUAAAAAAAUUAACCACUUAGUAAUAGGUAAUUAAUUAUUUUGGAUGGUAUUGAACAAGGGCAAGAUAUUGUACUUCAAUGAUGUGGUUGUUCAAGUUGAAUUAUCCCCAUUUAUACUUUGUAGGUCGUCACUCUAAAGUUUGAUGCUAACAAUAGAUAAUUGUAAAACCUUUGAUUUUCAUAAGCGAUUCAGUGACACAAUAGUUAGUGUGUUGGCUUAAGGAGGCUUCAGUCCUCGAGUUCGAAUUCAGGUCUUAAAACUUAUUUAUAAAUGCAUUUAAAAAGUAACCUUCACCCAGAUACCGCCUUAGACCGCCCCGCCCCCAUUUCUGAACUGAUCCAGAAAAGUAGUGAGAAAGCUAAAAGCACGAAAUUGCGCUACUUAUUAUACAGGUUUAUUAUUGUUCAUCUUCACAUAACGCAUAAUUUUUUAAAGAGUAUUUUAAAUGUUUCAUUGUCACAAAUUAGUUUAUUGUAUGAUUCUUGAAUCUAUGCAUUUGACAAUUGAUUUUUUUUUUGGUAGGCCUACAUGUAUAUUUAACCACUGCUGAUUCGUUCCUAACUUUCAUUUGUCUCAGCCUUUUCUAUAAGUGUGUAUAGCAGGGUGUGUUUAGUCUUUGGUUAUUGUACCAUGUAAGUCAUGUAAGAUUAUUUGGAAAGACAACGGAUCUUUUUAUAUGACCUUACCAUCUUUUUAUAUGACCUUACCAUCUUUUUAUAUGACCUUACCAUCUUUUUAUAUGACCUUACCAUCUUUUUAUAUGACCUUACCAUCUUUUUUUUUUGUCUUUGACAAUGUGAAGACCUUUAAUUUAUUUAUGCGUUUAUGUAUGGACCACGUUACUGUUUAUGUUAAUGGAAACAAAGACUUUUGUUUCUAAUUUUGUUACUUCAAAACA